AUGAUGAUUUGGAUGAUGAUGAUGAUGAUGAUGAUGAUGAUGAUGAUGAUGAUGAUGAUGAUGAUGAUGAUGAUGAUGAUGAUGAUGAUGAUGAUGAUGAUGAUGAUGAUGAUGAUGAUGAUGAUGAUGAUGAUGAUGAUGAUGAUGAUGAUGCUGAUGCUGAUGAUGAUGAUGAUGAUGAUGCUGAUGCUUUGGAUGAUGAUGAUGAUGAUGAUGAUGAUGAUGAUGAUGAUGAUGAUGAUGAUGAUGAUGAUGAUGAUGAUGAUGAUGAUGAUGAUGAUGAUGAUGAUGAUGAUGAUGAUGAUGAUGAUGAUGAUGAUGAUGAUGAUGAUGAUGAUGAUGAUGAUGAUGAUGAUGAUGAUGAUGAUGAUGAUGAUGAUGAUGAUGAUGAUGAUGAUGAUGAUGAUGAUGAUGAUGAUGAUGAUGAUGAUGAUGAUGAUGAUGAUGAUGAUGAUGAUGAUGAUGAUGAUGAUGAUGAUGAUGAUGAUGAUGAUGAUGAUGAUGAUGAUGAUGAUGAUGAUGAUGAUGAUGAUGAUGAUGAUGAUGAUGAUGAUGAUGAUGAUGAUGAUGAUGAUGAUGAUGAUGAUGAUGAUGAUGAUGAUGAUGAUGAUGAUGAUGAUGAUGAUGAUGAUGAUGAUGAUGAUGUGA